AUGGCUACAUUGAAACUCUCUCACGUACUAUUUACAUUGUUUUUAUACCACAUAAAAAUUGUAUUUUCAAAUCUAUUGGAUCUGGAUAAUAUAGCUGGUUCAGGUUAUAAUAUAGUUCAAACUUCUGAACGUGGGAUAACCAAGUUAAUGAUAUUCUCCACACAAGAGAAAAAGAUAACGGUGAUUUACAACAAAGAAAAACUAAUUUGGAAGGGGCAUCCUGGUGAAUAUACUAAGUGUUUUACAAUUUACAAAUUUGAGAUGUCAAACAUUGGACUCGCCUCUCUCGAAAUUCUAAAUCCCGAAUUUGAAAACAUCAAGUAUUUUAGAAGUCACAACUUGAUCUAUAAACCAAUUAACCAAGAGACUUUUGAAGCUCAGCUUGAAGAACUUACUAAGUACUCGAAUGAAUUUUCCACGACAGGUCCAAGGCCAUCAGGACAAAAGCCUCCAAUAUUAUCAGAAAGAAUACCAGGUCAUCCUCGUCCGGGGAAAGUUCCUGCUACCAGAAAAAAAAGGAAACCCACUUCCAGUUACAAUUAUGGUAAAAGAAGAAAAAGAGGAUUAAUCAAAGAAGCACAAACGGAAACUGAUUCAAGUAAAGCAGCUGAACAAAUCAAAACCAAACCAAUAGAUUCCGGAAAUUUAGAACCCGAACAUGUUUCGGUCGCACUGAGUUCCGAUGAUGAUGAUGAACCAACAAAAGAACAAACAUCGCAACUAAUAAGACAAAAACUUAGAGAGAAAAUACAAAAGAAACAACUUAAAGCUGAAGUUUUUGAGAAAUUAAAGAAAAAAAUAAAGGACAAAUCUCAAGAAACAAAAACAGUAUCUGAAACUGAAACUGAUUCAUCAACUAAACCAAAAUCUAAGCCAUUAGAACCAGAAAUUAUAGAAUCCCAAUCUUCAUCAGACAGUGAUAUGGAUGUUGAUGAAUCUACAGGUCCUCAAGUUAUACAAUCUGAUGCGACUACACAAACUGAUACCCAUGAAUCACAAAACAGUGAAACGCAGACUGUUAUACAAACUAGUUCAACUGAAACACAAACUAAAACACAGAAUGAUGAUAGAGGUCCCUCAACUCUUCCAAUUAAGAAAAGACCAUAUAAACCAGAUUAA